ACUUUGAUUUAGUUUGUGUAUUGAAGAGAACAUAAAAUAACCAGGACGAUUUGGAAAUAUUUUCGUCAUGCCUAUUAAAAACGCGAAGCCACUAGAAUCUGCGUUAAUAAUACCGAAAUUAAUAUUAAUAUUUGCGGGACGUUGGCCUCAGCAUUCGUCUACAUUAUUUACAAGAGUAAGAGUAGUUACUUUUAAUAGCAUGGAAAUAUUGUUCAAUAUUCUAAUGAUGGUCGAGGUUUAUCUAAUUUGCACUUCAGACUUCAACUUCAAUAUGUUAUUCGACAUAAUGGGCGCACUAAUUACAGCAUCUGGGCAUUUAUUCAAAAUAUGGUUAUUCAGUGCUCACCGGAAAAUUUGGCUAGAUAUUCUGCAACAAUUGAAAUCAACACAUUUCAACGACUACCCCGAAGAAUUUCAUUUGAUCGGUCGUAAACCCGUUAAUUUCUCCAAAAAUUUUGGUAAUAUGUUUCAGUUAGGGUGUUGCUUCUCUUCCACUGCUUACAUUCUAGCUCCUUUAUUUUCAAAUAUCGAUUUACCAAUAAAAUGUUCUUUUGUGACCAAAGCGAUGAUUCCGUACGCCUAUCCUAUCCAGUCAUUCGUUGUCUGCUUCUGUGCUCUUACACAUUCUUCUGUGGAUGUUAUGAUCACCGAUCUAAUAGGCGUGGCAGUCGGUCAAUUAGAUUUGCUGGGAGAAAAAAUUAAAGCUGUUAGAACAAAUUUGAUUAAGCAAAAAAUCGAUUUAGGUGAAUGUGUGCGACAUCAUGUAGAAAUAAUAAGAUUUGUCGCAAAUUUAAAUGACGCAGGUUCUGGUAUCAUUAUGGUGGAAUAUGUUAAAAGUGCUUUAGUUGUUUGCUUUUUGGGAAUACAAGCAGUGAGCAUUGAUCCAACGAGUGCUCCAUUUAUGAGAAUUGUAGUCUACGGUUUUGUAAUGCUAUUUCAACUAAAUAUCUACUGUUUUUUUGCUAACGAAAUUUUAGUCAAGAGUAAGAAACUGGGCGAUGCUUGCUAUUUAUCGACCUGGUAUGAGAACCCAGACGUUUUAAAAUAUAAAACCAACUUGCUGAUAAUCAUGGAACGUAGUAAAAGACCACUUUAUUUAACUGCUGGAAAAUGGUCUGUGGUAUCUUUGCAAUCGUUUGCCACAAUUCUAAAAUCGUCAUAUUCGUAUUUUACAUUGAUGCAAACUUUAUACAACAAUAAUUCCAUGUAAAAUUUUAAAUUUAUCAACAGCGUUGUAUCGCACGUUAUUUAACAAAUCACAUAAAAUGAAAUUUUACAAUGCACUUGAAAUAAUACAGCAAUAUUGCAAUAAAUCAA